GUGUCCCUCGGCGCAUGCGUAAUAGCCCAGCCAAUGGCGUAGGUCGCUCUCUUCUCUUGAUCAUCAGCUGGCGGACGGUGGUGGUCCUUCUUCAGCGCCAAGAUGACGAACACAAAGGGUCUUCGCCGAGGUACUCGGUAUAUGUUCUCGAGGAAGUUCCGUACUCAUGGACAACUGCCUCUUUCCACAUACCUGAAGGUAUACAAAGUCGGAGACAUCGUCGACAUCAAGGGUGAUGGUGCAGUCCAGAAAGGUAUGCCCCACAAGGCCUACCAUGGCAAGACCGGCCGUAUCUUCAAUGUAACGAGACGUGCCGUCGGUGUUAUUGUCAACAAGCGUGUGAAGGGACGCAUUCUUCCUAAGAAGAUCAACAUCAGGAUUGAGCACAUCCAUCAAUCUCGUUGCCGUGAGGACUUCCUCAACCGAGUGAAGGCCAACGAUGAACUUAAGCGUGCUGCUAAGGUAUCAGGAGAGAAGGUCAACACCAAGAGACUGCCUGUUGCCCCAAGGACUGAGCGUUUCGUCAGCACCUACAACAACCAGCCCACCGUCGUGGAACAGAUCCCAUACGAGUUCAUCGCAUAAUUUUCAAUAAAAUCCUUGGCGCCUAAAAUUUA